AUGAGCUCCAGGCGGGUGGUGGUGCAUGCGCCCACCGACGCCGGCCUGCCCCUCCACAGGCACAGGGCGUCCCUCAGGGGAACACGGUCGCUGUCCCCUCUGGAUAGCCCCCCAGCCUCCAGGAUCAGUGGAACAGGUGGCCUUGUCCGAGCCCCCAGGGUCUAUGUAGGGAUGGCCCCCAGUGUGUACACAGGCGGCCUGGUUGCCCGUGUGACCCGCCGAGCCCUGGGCAUCAGCAGUGUCUUUCUGCAGGGGCUGCAGAGCUCAGGCCUGGCCAUGGCUCCUGCUCCAGGCCUGGAGAGGGACCUCAGUGCCGUUGAAGACCUGGGGGGCUGCCUGGUGGAGUACAUGGCCAAGGUGCAUGCCCUUGAGCAAGUCAGCCAGGAGCUGGAGGCGCAGCUGCGGAUGCACCUGGAGAGCAAGGCCAGGCGCAAUGAGAACUGGGGCGCCCUCAGGGCCUCCUGGGCCAGCAGCUGCCAGCAGGUGGGCGAGGCAGUGCUGGAAAACGCUCGGCUCAUGCUGCAGACAGAGAAUGUCCAGGCAGGUGUGGACGACUUCAAAGAAAGAUAUGAAAAUGAGCAGCCGUUUCGAAAGGCAGCGGAAGAAGAAAUUAACUCUCUAUAUAAAGUCAUCGAUGAAGCUAAUUUGACAAAAAUGGAUCUGGAAAGUCAAAUAGAAAGCCUGAAAGAAGAACUUGGCUUUCUGUCAAGGAGCUAUGAAGAGGAUGUGAAAGUGCUGUAUAAGCAGUUAGCGGUAUCUGAGCUGGAACAAAUAGAUGUCCCCAUGGGCACCGGUCUGGAUGACAUCCUUGAGAUGAUCAGAAUUUACUGGGAGAGAGAUGUUGAAAAGAGCCGGAUGCGAGCAGGAGCCUCACUCCAAGCCAAGCAGCAGCAGGCAGAGGCGGCCCGUGGGGCCCAGACCCAGGAAGAGAAGCUGGCUGCCGCCCUCAGGGCGGAGUUACACAACACUUCGUGCCAAGUGCAGAGCCUCCAGGCUGAGACGGAGUCCUUGCGGGCCCUGAAACGAGGCCUGGAGAACACCUUGCAUGAUGCCAAGCACUGGCAUGACCUGGAGCUUCAGAACCUGGGCACUGUGGUCGGCAGGCUGGAGGGGGAGCUCCAGGAGUUGCGCGCGGAGGCAGAGCAGCAGCAGCAGGUCCGCGAGCAUCUGUUGGCGCACAGGUGCCAGCUGCAGAGGGACCUGGUGUCCUGCCAUGCCCUGCUGGACAGGGCAGAGAGCGAGUAA